CUCCGAUCUACAGAGACACCAUUGACCCAGUGAGUGUUUUUAACUUUCACUUUCACUGAUGGUUGUGUCACAGCAAGACAUCCAGCAGGUUGUUAAAGCAGCAGUUGGUCUUCAGUUGAAUGAGUCUCUGAUGUUUCCAGCACACUGACAUCAUGGCGGCUGCAGCACCAGAUGAUCUGCGUCCGCGGAAGCGCAAAAACAGCUUUGUUUAUUUGCCACCUUGCAUGUCUGAGCUGAGGGUUGUUCUGCUGGGGAACAGCUGGUCUGAGAGGAGUUCAGUGGGGAACUUCAUACUGGGACAGACUGUGUUCAACAAAGCACCUAAAUGUUCUCUGCAAAUCAGUGGACCAUUGGAGGAGAAAAAGGUAGUUCUGAUCAACACUGAAGAUCUGCUGCAUCCCAACAUCUCUCAACACAAACUGAUGGAACAUGUGAAAGACUGUGUGAGACUCUCUGAUCCUGGACCUCAUGUGUUCCUGCUGGUUCUACAGCCUGAAGACUUCACUGAGGAACACAAACUGAGACUACAAUCAAUCCUUGAACUCUUCAGUGAUCAAUCAUUUGAUCAUUCUCUGGUUCUGAUAUCAACACCCAGAGAGGAGAGUCCAGGGUUGAUGGAAAAAUACCUGGAACGUCCUCCAUUAAAAGACAUGAUCAGAAAAUGUAGAUUCAGAUAUUUGAAGCUGAAGAAUCUUGAACAUUCAGAGCUGUUAACACGCUUGGUUCAAAUUGUGAGGGAGAAUAAUGGAGAAUAUGUCAGCUGUGAUGUAUUUGAGGACCCAACAGCUACUUUACCAGGUGAUCAUCAAAGUCCAAAACAAAAGGAAACUCAGAGUUCUAUCACAGAUGCUGUUAAAGCUGCUGGAAUAACUGCACAAGUCUCACUCUCAGAGAAAAAGCUGUUGACUCACACAUCUGGACUCAGGAUUGUGCUGCUGGGAAAAAGUGAGGACAAACAGACAAAACUUGGUAAUUUCAUCAUCAGGAACCAAACUUUUCAUUAUCAAAGAACUUCCCCAACCAGGCAAUGUGUAGCUACCUGUGGAGAGUGGAGAGGACAACCAUUAAUAGUGGUGAAAACUCCAGACAUCUUCAGUCUGUCUGUGGAGGCCGUGAGAAGAGAGAUGAAGAACUGUGUGACUCUAUGUCCUCCUGGACCAAAUGUUCUUCUGCUGUUAGUGAAACCUUUUGAUUUCACUGAGAAGAACAGACAAACACUGAAGUUCAUCCUGGGUUUGUUUGGUCAAGAUGCUUUAAAAUACUCAAUGGUCAUCAUGACACAUGAGGGGAAUGAAAUGAGUUUCUCUGUUAAUGAACUCCUUAAAGACUGUGUAGGAAGACACUACAGGAUGGGUGAAAACAACCACACAUUGUUAAUGGAGAAGAUUAAAGAAACAGCAAAUAUGAGCAAUGAAACCCCACUGUCUGAGUCUGAACCCAUCAAACCAGCUUUAAACCUGGUUCUGUGUGGGAGGAGAGGAGCAGGGAAGACUUCAGCAGCCGAGGCCAUUUUAGGUCAGACAGAGUUUCAUUCAGUCUCCAACUCAUCAGAGUGUGUUAAACAUCAGGGAGAGGUGUGUGGACGUUGGGUUUCCCUGGUGGAGCUGCCUGCCUUGUAUGGAGAACCUCAGGAGGCAGUGAUGGAGGAAUCACUCAGGAGUAUCUCCCUCUGUGAUCCUGAGGGCGUCCAUGCCUUCAUCCUGGUCCUACCUGUGGGGCCCCUCACUGAUGAAGACAAGGGAGAGUUAAAGACCAUCCAGAACACAUUCAGCUCUCGAGUUAAUGACUUCACCAUGAUUCUGUUCCCUGUGGACUCAGAUCCUACAGCUCCAGCUGUUGUUAACUUUGUAAGUAAGAACAGAGACAUCAAGGAGCUCCUUCAGAGCUGUGGAAGAAGAUAUUUUGUUCUGAACAUCAAGAACAAGCAGCAGAUCCCAUGGUUGUUGGAAGCUGUGGAAAAGAUGGGAAUUGAAGGAUCCAGAUGUUUCACAAAGGACAUGUUCACCAAGGCUCAGAUGGAGAUGGUCACAAGACUUAAGGCUAAACUGAAAGAUGUUCAAAAGAAAAGUGAGAUGGAAAUGGAUGACAAAAAUCUGAACAGAGAGAGUCUCAGGAUGGUGCUGAUUGGGAAGACUGGCAAUGGGAAGAGUGCAACUGGAAACACCAUUUUGGGUAAAGGACAUUUUAAAUCUAAAGCCUGCUCAAGUUCUGUGACCAGGUUUUGUGAAAAAGCAUCAGGAGACAUUGAUGGAUGGCCUGUUGUUGUGGUUGACACUCCUGGUUUGUUUGACACGACUCUGUCCAAUAAUGACGUUCAACAGGAGCUUGUGAAAUGCAUCAGCCUGUUGUCUCCUGGACCUCAUGUCAUCUUACUGGUGCUGCAGAUCGGUCGCUUUACACAGGAGGAAAAAGACUCUGUGGAACUGAUCAAGAAAUGCUUUGGCAAGAAUUCAGGAGAUUUCAUCAUCAUUAUAUUCACUCGAGGAGAUGAACUGGAAGAUCAGUCAGUUGAGAGUUAUGUAGAAGGAGACCGUGAUGGCUGUUUAAAAAAACUGCUAACUGACUGUGGAGGAAGAUACCAGGUCUUCAACAAUAAGAAUAAGACAGACCGCACACAAGUCAGAGAGUUAUUGACAAAGUCCAACAAAAUGAUGAAGGAAAAUGGUGGCAGCUGCUACACCUCAGAGAUGUUCCAAGAGGCCGAGGCAGCGAUACAGAAGGAAGUCGACAGGAUCUUGAAGGACAAAGAAGAAGAAAUGCAGAGACAAAAAGAAGAGCUUCAAAGAAAACAUGAGGAGGAAAUGGAAGAAAUGAAAAGAAGAAUGGAAGAACAGAAAGCAGAAAUUGAACAGGAGAGAAAACUGAGAACAAAACAUCUUAAAGAAAUGGAGAAAAACAUCAACAAGGAGCGUGAGGAGAGAAAGAAAGAACAAGAAAAGAGAGAAGAAGAGGACAGGAAUAGAAAAGGACAGGAAGAACUUCAACAACUGGAGUGGGAGCAAAAACUUGAAGCUCUGGAGAAAAAAAUCAAGUCUGAAUCAAAGGAAAAGGAAACCAUUGACAGAGAGUUGGAGCUGAGUAGAGAAGAGAUGAGAAAGCAACGAAAGCACUGGGAGAAAGAAAGAAAAAAAUGGUGGGGGAAUCGAUAUCGAGAAGAUGAACAGAGACGACAGGAGGAACGAGAAAAACUUAAAAAGCUCCAAGAAGAAUACGAACAGGAGAGAGAAAAACAUGAAAAUAAAAGAAAAGAAGAGGAUGAAAUCAGAAGAGAAGAAGAGGAGAAGGAGAGAAAAGAAUUGGAGGAAAACUAUAAGAAAAAACUAGAGGAUAUGAAGAAGAAAUAUGAAGAGGAGGCCAGAAAACAAGCUGAAGAAUUCAAUGAGUUCAGACAGAAAUACACCAAGGAUUUUGCAGCGUUGGUAGAAAAACACAUGGAGGAAAUACAGGAACUGAAGGAAAAAUAUGAGAGUCAAAUGCAAGAGACAGAAGAGAGCCUUGGAAAAGAGUACAAUCUGUUAAGAGACCUCUCAAGUCACAAUGAAAAAGAACUGAAAGAACAAAUGGAGGACUUGAAGAAAAAGCAUAUGAGACAAGACGAAGAGUGCAUUCAGUUAAAAACCUGCUCAGCUGACAAUGAAAAAGAACUGAAAAAACAAAUGGAGGAGUUGAAGAAACAACAUGAACAAGAAGUUAAUGUCUUACAACAGAAAUACAAAGAGAAAUGUAUGAUCCUCUGAUCUCCCCACUGACUCUUGAUCAUUGUUGUGUUGUCAAAUGGAACAUAAUUUGAAUAAGUGUCUGGGCUAUUAAUGCUAUAAUGCUAUGUUAUCAUUUGAUUUCUUUUUAAGUAAAUCAGAUUUUGCAGGCUUGUUUGUGGGAUUAUUGCGGCCUAAAAUGGCUGAAAAGCAGCUAUGAAAGCUAUGAAAGCUGCUUUUCUAAAAAAAACAUUUCUAUAAUUAAUUGAAAAUCAAAGGCAACUUGUUUUUUUUUAUAUGCAUUCACAUUGCUUUGUUUCCAUAUACUUUGUGGUGUGUGAUUGGCACCGGGGCUAACUAACUGUUGCAGCUGUUAACUGUUUUACAAUCAAUAAAUUAAAGUUCCAAGGAGGCUGUAUUUGCAGAAUAAUUAGUAUCACCAUUUGUUAAAUUGAUUAUUAUUUCAAAUAAGUAUAUACUUGCAUAUUGUAUACAUGUUAUUGUACUGAAUACUUUUUUACAUUCUUGUUUAUAUCUGUAUUGUAGUGGUGAAAAUGCACCCUGGGUUGAUGUUCUAUGGAGCAAACAAUAAUACUUCAUAUCUUAACAGUUUCUGCAUAAGGGAAUUCACAUACACUAAUGAAGAGAGUAAACGCUGCUGGUGUAGAGGAAAUUAAAUAAACAGAAUGUAAAAAUCUAGUAUCUGCUAUAGAGGAUUAUAAAGGACAGUGAAACCUGGAUGAUACUCCCCUAUAGGUGACACAUUCUUCAUAAGGUACAAGGGAUCAAUGUGUGGGUGUACUAAGCAUUUCAUAUAGGAAGUUGUAGGAUCAUAACAUGUACAUGCACUCAUGAUGUGAUUGGAUAGUGUCUAGUAGAAAGGUAUAAAUGGAUGCGACCUGUUUUAGUAAGAUCAGUUGAUCUCGAGGAAACUUGGUUUGCUUGUGUCCUGUGCAGAUGCAAAUAAAUUGUAUAAAAAAAUAAAGGAAUACAAUUUUA